AAUACCAACCUUGCCCUUUACUCAAGGGUUCCUCUUAAAAAAAAUUGAGAAUCUAUUCCUCUCUCCAAUUAUGAUAGAAGACCAAAUGGCAAGAUCCAUUAUUAAGGAAAAAUAUCUGACCGACCAUGCAUAAUUCAUUUUUUUUUUUAUUACAAAUCUUAACAUAUUUAAUUUCAAGAAGAAUAUUCGAUACAAAACAAAACAAAAAUGACUUAGAAUUUGAUUAGUUUCAAACCGAAAUUGGAUCAUUUUAGAUUAAGGAUGGGAUUUAGCAAUUGGUUUCGACAAAAUUUCACAGAUCCUUUUCUCUUGGUUCUCAGAGGUGGUGCUGAACCGAAGCAGUUAUCUUUCUCUGCUGCACUUGGGAUCACACUUGGAGUAUUUCCUAUUUGUGGUGUCACUGUGUUCCUAUGCGGUAUUGCCAUAGCGAUGCUUGAAUCGCGUAUUAACGCUCCCAUUAUAUUGCUUGCAAACGGCAUUGCUACUCCCAUAGAGUUGAGUUUGAUUGUACCAUUUCUGCGCUUCGGUGAAUUUAUCUCUGGCUCACCUCAUUUCUCUUUAACAUCUGAUGCUUUAAAGAAAGUUAUUACUGGUCAAGCUUCAACUGAACUCCUACUAAGCAUUGCCAAUGCGCUAUUAGGGUGGCUAGCCGCGUCACCUUUUAUUUUGGCAAGUCUUUACCUGACGUUGAUACCGUGCUUCAAACUUCUAGUUAACAAACUCAACAGUCCUCCUUCGAGUCCAAAGAUGCCGCUCCAACCGCGCCCUGAAGUUGGGUUGAGGGUAAGGGAUAUCUGAUGAUAGCCACUUCAUAUGCGCUCAUCGAGAGUGAUCAGUCAUUCAAACAUUGUCUUGUUGAAUUGUUUCUGACUGAAACAACAUAUAUAGAUAUACAAAAAGACUAGUCAAUUUAGUGACAAUGUAAAAAGUUAUACACAUGUAUUCGAUAUGGACCGACUCUUAAGUGGUUGAUUUCUCUAAAGAUGUACAGAACUGUCUCAUGUAUGGUAACCCUUGAGGGUUCACAGUUCAAUUAUGUUUUAGUUUGGCCAAUGUUUUCUCCAUCGUCACAUUUCUAUAAAAUCUUACAUGUUUGUAGAAGUGUACUUCUAUACGACACAAAA